AUGUUUUGUUCAGCCAACUUCUCGUCUCCUUCUCCGUCUCCUCAUCGGCUUCACACUCGUGACCAUCUGGAAAGUUUGAUCGCCAAACACGGUCGGCCGACUCGCUUCUCCCUUUCAUCCCUUGAUGAAUUGACUACUACCCGUUCCACUUAUAAUCCUCCAUCCCCCCUCCCCCGCUCUCGUUCGCCUGUCCCCGAACUGUCCGAUCUGUUUGAGGACUCCUCUUCGAACUACCAUCCCCGGUCAAGGCCUAUACCGAUACCCAGGACGUACUCUACACGCGAGGAGGAUAUCCCUGUCACGCCGUUGACUGGACGAUUCGAGCGAGACUAUUUUCCUCAUCGCGAUAGCUCACCAGAAAGAAAUCAAUACAAACGCACUCUGCCCCGGCACCGUCGUUAUUACAGCGACAGAGACAGAAUGCGUUCUGAUAGCUCGACCUUUUACUCUCCGGUUGCUUCGACCAUGUCCUCGUCGGGGCGUCCCGACUCUCCGCAGCAAGCUCGCGGGCAAACCACAGCCAAGUCAGCCCCGACAUUCCAUCUCGGUGAUCUCCCUCGGUUCCAUCCCGCUGUCUACCAAUCUUCGACCAACUCUCAAUCCAUGGCUGCGCCGCCGUCGCCACGCCAGUCUCGACAGAGCGUAUAUCGUCCGUCGUCGUCGUCUCGAGAUCCCGUUUCUCAGUACCGGGAAUUCUUUGAGGGCGUUGUUCUUCAGAAACCCGUGUCACGCCCACUUUCACCCAGUCCGGCUGCCCCUCGAUUGAAUCCGCUCAAUAGCCCAGGCCCUGUUACGCCGCUCGCGUUGGAAGAGGCUGGUGGCUACCUUUCUGCAGGCUCCUCCAAUAGGUCGGAGCUGUCACGGGAACUCCAGCGUUCGGCGCCGGCGCCUGAUCUGUUGGACCGUAUGCUUGCUCGGGAAAAUGACAAGGUUAGACAAAAUGCACGGAAGUCUACCAAGGGGUGGUAAAAAUAGAGCUCUUCCCCCGACAUUUUACGUUCGGUCUUAUUAUUUUUCUGGCAGUUUGGCCAUGGUCUCGCGCUUCUUCAACUCCUACCCUAACUUUCGACUCUGUAUUUGACAUCACGUUAUACCCCGCAUCGGCAUUGCAAGCACUGCAGCUUUAGCUUAUGGCCCGUUCAAUGUUAAGGCCUACCUCUUUCCCUGUACCAACGCUCGUUAUAGCCUUUCUUUUUUCUCCUUCCGGUGGACUCUACGGCCUUCCAGGGUGAACAGUACCUAGAUUAGAUCCAGAUCAAAGCAUUAUUUUAGACUGUUCGCG